CGCGCGCACGCUGGGCGCAGCGACGCUACGCUAGCAAAACGCGAGCACUCUAUACUCUGACGCGCGGCGUGACCGACGCGGCCAGCGUCCGUCGGCGCGGCCCGGCGGCAGCCGGCGCGAAAUGCAGCAUGCUGCAUUUCGCGCCGACGACGUUACCCAGACUGCACCGCGUCCGUGUUUCUUUCCGCGCGGCGCCAGACUGCACCGCGUCAGCGUUUCUUUUUUUGUGACGAUGGCGGCGUGCAGUGAGGAUGGAAUCAGCGUGCCAGACCUCGUCGAGCGCUUUCUGGAGGCCGUCCGAAAGUUCCCGUGCAUCUAUGACACCAGGAAACUGGAGUAUCGGGACGUGUUGAGAAAAGAAAAUGCUUGGGAGGCGAUUAGAGCUGAGUGUGGUCUUCCCACAGCUGCUGACUGCCAAAAACUGUGGAAGCGGCUGCGCGACCGUUACACCAGAGAACAAAAAGCAAUAGAGCUGACACAGAGGAGCGGCAGUGGCUUCGUUGCGCGAAAAACGUGGGAGUUCGCGCAGGCGAUGGAGUUCUACAAGCAGUGCGGCCGUCCAAGGAAAACUACGUGCAACUUGGAGCUACAACCAUCAGGAGGAAAUUGGUCUGACAGCAGCGAAUCCGGACAAAGUAAUGUUGAAGACAUUGUGAACGCAAUGACCGGGAAAAUCUCACCGCCAUCAGAGUUUUCGACCUAUCCUGCUGCAGCAUCUCCUAAUGAUCAAGUUUCCACGCAAGACACAACACGUGACAGUCAACAAUUGCAAACAACGUACAACACACAACAAAAUAGUCAAGGACGCACACAGAGCACACGGAAACGCAAAGGGGACGCCUUAGAUGAACAAAUCGUUUCGCUGCUUGACAAAAAAAUGACCGAAAAUGAAGCUUUUGGCUUGUCAGUUGGGAUGACCCUUGACAGGUGGCCUAAGCAAAAAGCGGCGACCUGCAAGGCUAAAAUAAUGCAGGUCAUUGCUGAACUUGAUGAUUAAGCUCACAAACAUCACUUCUUCAUCGUGUCUCAUUAAUUUAUUUUUAUUUUCAAUGUGUUCACCGUGUUGAAAUAAAACACCAAAGCGC